CCUGCCUUAUCCAACCAACCAAAUCCAAAUGCAAGGAGAUUGGAAUGGCAUUGAUGGAUCGGAGCUCCCGAGCUGAGCUAUAGUACUCGUCUCAUCUUCCUCCUUCCUCCUUACUAUGCUCGAUUGAUUGCUCUGCUGCUGCUUCUGGCAACGAUUACAGCAGUGACCAUGGGCUUCCCCACCCCGCUGAAGUUGAAGCCUCCCGUCGGAAGAUAUUCGCCGCUGGCCACGAUGGCCGCAACGCGGAGGUUCAUGCGCAUGCGCUGCGCCCUCAACUCUGACGACCCAUCCUUGCUUGUGCCUUCCAUGACUGUGUCCAUCACUGGCGCCACAGGUUUCAUUGGCCGCAGAUUGGUUGAAAAGCUUCUUUCUGAUGAUCACAAAGUUUGCGUCUUAACACGGUCUGCGAGCAAGGCUGCGUCAGUUUUUCCUGGUAAGAACUCAAGUUGCGUAUCAUCGAUCGCAGCUUCGACCUAUCCUGGAGUCACAAUAGCCGAAGAAGGAGAUUGGGAGGCAUGUGUGAAAAGCUCCUCCGCUGUUGUUAACUUGGCAGGCAUGCCCAUAAGCACAAGAUGGUCACCGGAGAUUAAAAGGGAAAUUAAGCAAAGCCGGAUCAAUGUUACAUCAAAGGUGGUGAAUUACAUAAAUAAUGCUGAUGCUCGGCCCUCAGUAUUUGUGAGUGCGACUGCUAUUGGCUACUACGGUACCAGCGAAAUCCAUAGCUUUGAUGAAUCAAGUCCAUCAGGCAAUGACUAUCUAGCAGAGGUGUGCAGAGAAUGGGAGGCCAGAGCGCGUGAAGUAAACCAGGAGGAUGUUAGGCUUGUGCUUCUCCGGAUUGGGGUUGUUCUUGGCAUGGACGGCGGUGCUCUAGCAAAGAUGAUUCCCCUUUUCAUGAUGUUUGCCGGUGGUCCUCUGGGGACCGGACGCCAAUGGUUUUCAUGGAUUCAUCUGGACGACCUGGUGAACCUCAUAUACAAAUCUCUAACGAACCCUGCAUACAAAGGUGUGAUCAACGGAACCGCACCUAACCCAGUGCGUCUAUCGGAGCUGUGUGAGCGGCUAGGGAGAGUUAUCGGACGACCAUCCUGGUUGCCCGUGCCAGAAUUCGCGCUCAAAGCGGUGCUUGGUGAAGGCGCUUCUGUGGUGUUGGAGGGGCAAAAGGUUCUACCCGUGAAGGCCAAGGAACUGGGCUUCUCCUAUAGAUAUCCUUAUGUUAAAGACGCUCUCAAGGCUAUUGCCCGAGAUCUAUAGAUUGAUGAUGACCAACUCAUCUAUAGUCUACGUGCACGCAUGCCGUUGAUUACGCACGGCACGGCACGGCACGACACGACACGUGACUGCAUGCAUAAGACCGAUGGAUUUGCCAAGAAAAACACCAUAUUCUUCAGUUAAUUCAGCUUCGGCAUAUAUGAUUGUACUCCUAUACUGACUAAUCAAAUGCCAUCUUCAAUUGA